UUGUUGUUUUGGCCACAGUGGCUCAGUCUGUGCUGUUGCAUUGUUUCAGCACCGUGGAUGAGAGUGUGCAUUGACAUUGGUGCACGAUUUAGAGGGGGUGGUGACACAGAGAUACCUGCACCGUCUGUACCUGAGGGCUGGUUCUCGGCCGGAGCAAUCGCAGGAUGGCGAGCAGCGCGCUGGGCGGCCUGAGCCGUGCGGGGUGGCGGAGGGGUGCGGGCAGGACACCGCUCUGGCGGGCGGCGCAGCUGCAGGGCCUGGCCUGCGGGAGCGCCGUGUCCGGCGGCUGGGAGGGCAAGGCCAGCCACGACAGCGGGGCCAGGGUCUCCGGCCACCCGAGCCCAGGGCCGGCAGCUGCCCCCGCCCCGGCCCCGGCCCCCUCCGCGGCUCACAGACACCAGGUCGGCGGCAAGAAGCGGGGCGAGGAGUCGGUGACCGUGUCCGGCCGGUCCUACUCCUCCACGGCCCCCCAAGUGGACCCCCGCACCUACCUGUGGGCCCGGUACAACGAGAUGAAACGGCUUGUGCACGACCUGAUCCCUCCUGGGGUGUGCAACCUCCUGAACCCCUCCACCAUCUACGCCAACAACGAGGUGAACCUGGCUGGGGUGGACAUCUACGGCUUCGACUACGACUACACGCUGGCUCUCUACUCCAACGCCCUGAACUCCAUGAUCUACAACACAGCUCGGGACUUCCUCAUCAAGCACUACAAGUAUCCCGAGGGAAUCCGCAAGUACGACUACAUCCCGAACUUCGCCUGCCGGGGCCUGCACUACGACAUCCAGAAGGGGCUGCUGAUGAAGAUCGAUGCCUUCCAUUACAUCCAGCUGGGCACGGUGUACAGGGGCCUGAAGCCCGUCCCCGACGAGGAGGUGCUGCGGCUGUACGAGGGGACGAACCACGUGCCCCUGCACCAAGUCAGCGGCUUCUACGGCAAGGGGCCCAAGAUGAAGCAGUUCAUGGAUGUCUUCUCCAUCCCUGAGAUGACCCUGCUGGCUGUCGCCAACGACUUCUUCAUCUCCAACGACAUUGAGUACGACCCCGUGCACCUCUACAAGGACGUGUCGGAGGCCAUUGGGAUGGUGCACAUCAAAGGCUACAUGUACAAGUGGAUCAUGCAGGAUUUGGAAAAGUACAUCCUGCGAGGAGACGAGACCUACGCUGUCCUUCAUCGCCUGGCAAGCAGCGGCAAAAAGCUCUUUCUCAUCACCAACAGUCCCUUCAGCUUCGUGGACAAGGGCAUGAGGUACAUGGUGGGGAAGGACUGGAGGGACUUCUUCAAUGCGGUCAUCGUCCAGGCAGACAAGCCGCACUUCUUCAACGACUGCGUCAAGCCUUUCCGGCGAUUGGACUGCAAUGGAGACCUGCAGUGGGACAGGAUCACCAGCCUAGACAAGGGCCAGAUCUACAAACAGGGUAAUCUCUUCGACUUCCUGAGGCUGACAGGAUGGAGGGGCUCCAAGGUGCUUUAUUUUGGGGACCACCUGUACAGUGACUUGGCAGACCUGAUGCUGCGUCACGGCUGGAGGACGGGCGCCAUCGUGCCGGAGCUGGAGGUGGAGACGAAGGUGGUGAACACGGAGCAGUACGCUCAGAGCCUCACCUGGCUGCAGGCCCUGACCGGCCUGCUGGAGCGCAUGCAGAUGCAUCGCGACGCGGAGUCGCAGAAGGUCCUGCAGGACUGGCUGAAGGAGCGGGAGGAGCUCAGGGCCGUCACCAAGAACCUGUUCAACCCCCAGUUCGGCAGCAUCUUCCGCACCUGCCACAACCCCACCUACUUCUCGCGCCGCCUGUGCCGCUUCUCCGACCUCUACAUGGCCUCCAUCAGCUGCCUGCUGAACUACGACCUCCGCUACACCUUCUACCCCCGCCGCACGCCCCUGCAGCACGAGGCGCCCCUCUGGAUGGACCAGCUCUGCACGGGCUGCAUGAAGACCCCCUUCCUGGAGGAGAUGGCCCACAUCCGCUAAACGGCGCCUCCGCUGUGUGGAGCAGCGCCGCCCUGCUGGGCACUUCAGGGAUUGCAGUUCUCUCAUCAUUUUUAUUUUUUUUGCUUUUUGGAACACAAAUGUUAAAGGGACAAAAAAAACAAGAAAAUACCCUACAUAUGAGGGCAGAAAAAAAGUACACCUUUUUUUGGGGCACCAAGAGUGUAAUAUGGUGUUGGCUGACCUUUGGAACUGCGUUCUCUCUUCUUUUUUUUUUUAAUCUGCAGCAAUUUGGUGUCAAAAAGGUCGAGAGUUGGGAGCUUCUGUUACAAAGAGGAGUGGAGACGAGCACUGCCUGUCGUGCUCUGCGCCAGUCCGCACCCGGAACAAGAAGAGCAGGCAGUAGCAGCGGUCUUCGGGGUACAGGCUGGUUUUGUAGCGAGACGAAUGGUGUGGUGAAACGGCGCUCCUCUGUAAACUCCGAAAAUUGCACUUCUGACGGGGGGCUUAGCUGCCACUAGACCAGAAACUGAUGUUGUUGUUUUUCUUUCUGGGGAGAGAACUGGAAAGCUAGUGUGACUGAACGACAGCGUUUGAAGCUUUGGAACAGGAAUGUUUUUACUUUCGAGGCCCAGCUCCAGCCUUUUCCUCCUUUUGGUUCUGGCUGAUGGGGCGAAGGAGACCUAAAGCCGAGUGGAUCGUUCCCAGCUCCCUGCCUGGAUUGGCUUUUUAUCCCUGCCUUCGGCUUGGCUCGUGGCGCGGAGGGGGGCCCCGCGCUCCAGACUCCCGGGCUCAGCACAGCCAGGUCUCCGCCGGGACGCCAGGAAACCGUGCUUUUUCUCCCCCUGUUUGUGGUUUUGCUGGAGGCGGCUGUGUUCCGGGGCGAAGCCGGGGGCGACCUGGGAUCGGUCGCCGGAGCGCAGGCAACACGGGAACGAGACCCGGGAGGACCCGGCUUGUUUCCAGGGAGAGGCUGGGAACAGGGGGAGAGGCUCUCGCCUAAGGUGCUUAACUGACAAACUUCCUUUUUAUCUUGAAACUUUCGAGCGUGUCCGCCGGGACUGCUGGAGAAGCCGCGGCACAGAACGGGAACGGGACUCGUUUUCGUCCUCUUCCCACGGGGGAGAUCGCUCGGCUGGCACGCGGGUUCCGGCUGCUGGCACCUGGCGGAGAGACGCCAGGACUGUCCGGUGUUCUGCGGCCUUCGUCGAUGUGCCUUAUUUUUCCCCCCCACUCGUGUGAGCCGAGCGAUUCCUCCGUGUGUCUCGAGAGCGAUGUGGGGGGUCUCUGUGGGAGGGGGGCGGGAUGUAAGGAGGAAUAUUGGGAGGAUUCAAGGAGGAACGCUGCAUGUGAAGCAGAGGUGUAUUUAACCACAGACAAGCAAGCGUCUGGUUUUCAGCGCCAAAGCCAUUGAGCUCCCAAAGCGAGAGAGUCCUCACGUCCACUUCAGACGCCUCUCCGGGCUCGGUCGGCCGGGCGGAAGAGGCUUUUAGAUCCCGCCGGAGCCCGGGAAAGCUGGAGGGCUGCUCGGCCCACAGGGGCGAGAACUCGGACCGGUGUGUUCCUGAAGGCAGGCGGGGGGGACCCCAAGAACUUCGUGCCCCCCGACACGCCGCCGCUGCCCCCCGCGCCGGGCGGGUCUGGUGCCGUUCGGGAGUGGUGGUCCGAGCCGGGCUGGUCGGGAAGGUCUUGCGCUUGAAUCGCAGCCCCGGGGGGCUUGAGCGCUCCGCCAGUAUCGGGGGAAGCCUCAACUUCUCGGCCUUGUGGGCUCCAGCCGGCGUCCCGAACCCUGGGGCUGCCCCCUGCUUCAGAGUGACCCCCGCCCGCGCCCCGCUGGCCGUCGGGGCUGAAGUGUGGCUGCAGCCAGGCCACCUGCGCUGUCCCGCUGGGUGGGGCAGAUCGAUCUGCAUUUUGUGGGCACUUUUCUUCUGCUGCUGCUCGCGUCCCCUGCCUGUCUCCGCCGGCCGCGCUGUCUCCCCCGCGCGGCGCUCGCCAGCGGUCCGGGAGCCCGUCGUCUCGGCUCUGUAAGACGCUGACCCGCCGUCGUCCCCGUCGCUGUUAGCUGUGUCCAUUAACACGUUACUGUUUUUAUGAUGUUUAACUGCUAAACGCACAACGUGGCUCUCCUUUCCCUCCCCCUCUCGUGCACGCGGGGCAGCCCUGCCAGGGUGUGUACCCGGAGGCGUGUCCCAGCGUCCGCGAUGCAGCAGUCUGGCCCCGCUGCUGUGUUGAGCCAGAGACCUGGCAGAUGUGACAAAGGCAGCAGAUUUUUCUUACCUGCUGUGAAAAUUCCCACUCUCCCGGCUCUGAGCAGGCAACGCUGGCCGAAAUGAAGCACGGGUUCGGAAUGAUUUGCUUUUGACAGAACCCUACGAACUUUUGUGUGACUUGAGAACGCCAAGGGGCUUGUCUUGUGAUCAAAGCGCAGGGGCCCCGUGACGCCCCCCUUCUCUCCUGGGGCGCCCCAGUCCAGCAGGUCCUCUAGGUCUCUGUAGGUCGGUUGGUUCCUAACGAUCGAGAAGGCCUGUAACUGACUGAUUAUUUAACCAAGUGAUCCGAUUGAUCAUGAGACCUUAGGCUGUGGUCCCAAGUGAUCUCUAAAUUACUCAGAUCACGUGCGUAAUUGAUCAUGUGAUAACUUCUCCGGGUCUUCGGAGAGUUCGGCGAUUUUUCCCGUGAGGUACAAAUCCUGCUGGACGGAGGCUCUCCAGAACCAAGCCGGAGCCCGUCCGGUUACUCGGAGCAGAGGCUGCGGGCGCCGAGCCCCGGGCUGCUCCAGGACGGCGGGCGUGUGGUGUCGGCGCCUCCCGAGUGGCGUUGCCUGCUGUGCGUUCGGCUGAAAGGAGAGCCGCCACCUUUUCCAUUCUCCUUCGUUGUCUUUAAUAGGCUGAUGUGGGAGAGUCCCCCUGCGCCCGCCGCCCCGGCGCGCCUCCCCAGACGGAGACGGCCGGGAACCGCUCCCCGGGCGCCGCGGGGGUCGGGGGGGCCUGCUAGGGGGACGCACCCGCUGCUUGUGACAGAGGGGGUCUUGGAGGGCGGAGGAGGAAGCCGUUCCCUAAUCCGCACAAUUGACUGUGGUCUUCCUGCGGGGGAUUUCAGGCGGUUUCUGGACUUAGACUUAGAUCUGAUCCCAUCAUCUGUUUGUUUUUUAUUCCGUUACGUUCUAAGCAGGGUUUUUAAGCCCCUUUCUAUGGGUCCGAUCCUGCUCUCGGAGAGCCACGCCCGAGCGCCCUCCGGCCGGCAAUCUCGGAACGCUCGGAACAGCUCUCCCUUCUUGACGGCCUGCGAAGACCGUGUUUACUGUCGAGAUCUUUGAAGCCACAAUGCCAGCACCCCGUUGCUCUCAUUCCCGGCUGGGCUCCAGUUCCGCCCACGUGUUCCGAGCCUUCGGAGAUUGCUUGGGAGGAGGUCUUGGGAGGAGAAGGGUGUUGGCUCUCCGCCCAGGGUUGCUCACCGCUGGGAUAACUCUGGAUUUGCCACAGCCUUGUUUCCAGCAGGUCUGCUCAAACUGCUUCUCACAGGACUGUUUUGGUAACAAUUUGUUGUCUUCCCCACGACACUGAUGUCUAGAAUGAUUACCAUCCAACAGAUUUUAAAAGUCCUGCUGUUUAGUUGUCCGAAAUCGCCUGGGUCCUUCAUUAACUCAGCCCUCCUCUUCCUCUCUGCUUGCUGUCUCUGCUGCCCCCCUCCUGUGUACGGGAGGAGGGGCUUUUUAUAAACGUAGGCGUGCGUAGGUCAUUAUGUAGACAAGUGGUCCGUGUAUGUUAAAGAAAAAGUUGGAAUUUUAAUUAAAAUAAAAAUUGAAAACAGGGUAAUAAA